CGGUACUGAGAUGGGAGGGUAGAGUGGGGAGGCGGGGGGGUGGGGGGCAGACCCUGACAGAAAGGGCACCGGACACCGCUGGCCCUCCGCUGGGUGAGCCAUGUUGCCCCAGCCCCCACUCCUGCUCCUCUUACUGCUGUCUCUGAAGAGUGGGCAUGGCUGCCCCGGGCCAGAGCUGGACCGGGAACUUGUCCUGGCCAAGGUGAGGGCCCUGUUCUUGGAUGCUUUGGGGCCUCCGGCAGUGACCGAGGAAAGUGGGGAUCCUGGAGUCAGGCGUCUGCCUCGAAGACAUGCCCAGGGGGGCUUCGUGCACAGGGGCUCUCAGCCCAGGGAGGAGGAGGAUGUCUCCCAGGCCAUCCUUUUCCCAACUACAGGUGCCAGCUGUGGGGAUGAGCCGGCUGCCAGAGAGCUGACCCAGGAGGCCGAGGAGAGCCUCUUCACGUAUGUGUUCCAGCCGUCCAAGCACACACGCAGCCGCCAGGUGACAUCAGCCCACCUGUGGUUCCACACAGGACUGGACAGGCAGGGCAGAGCAGCCUCCAACAGCUCUGGACCCCUGCUGAGCCUGCUGGCGCUGUCAUCAGGAGUCCCCAUGGCUGUGCCCAUGUCGUUGGGCCAGGCCCCCUCUCGCUGGGCCGUGCUGCACCUGGCCACCUCUGCCCUCCCUCUGCUGACCCACCCCGUCCUGGUGCUACAGCUGCGUUGCCCUCUCUGCUCCUGCUCGGCCCGGCCUGAGGCCACACCCUUCCUGGUGGCCCACACUCGGGCCAGGCCGCCCGGCGGAGGGGAGAGAGCCCGCCGCUCCACUCCCCCGCUGCCCUGGCCCUGGUCUCCCGCCGCGCUGCGCCUGCUCCAGAGGUCUCCAGAGGAACCUGCUGCCCAAGCGGACUGUCACCGAGCGGCCCUCAAUAUCUCCUUCCAGGAGCUGGGCUGGGACCGGUGGAUCGUGCACCCUCCCAGCUUCAUCUUCCACUAUUGUCACGGUGGCUGUGGGCUGACUGCCCCACCAGACCUGCCCCUGCUGGUCCCUGGGGCUCCUCCGACCCCUGCCCAGCCCCUUUCUUUAGUGCCAGGGGCCCGGCCCUGCUGUGCUGCCCUCCCUGGGACCAUGAGGCCCCUACGUGUCCGCACCACCUCAGAUGGUGGUUACUCUUUUAAGUAUGAGACCGUGCCCAACCUUCUCACGCAACACUGUGCUUGCAUCUGAGGGAGUCCCACUGGUGGCCAAGCCCCCACCAUCAACAGCUGGAAGGAAGAGCCGAGUUCAGAAAGUAGAUGGUUCUUACUUCCGCCUCCUUCCAUCUCUCUCUGCCUGAGGGCCCCCCUCCCCCAUAUGACCCUGUCCCAUGGGCAACAUGUGACAAUAAACAACAUAGUGCAUAUAACUCGUCAUGCAUUCUCUGGCUUCUCUGAUAUGGUGGGGAGCAGGUCUGGGCCCCAGGAGCAUAGGAUUGUAGGCUCUCAGGUCACACAGCCUCACUUGACCUAAAGAUCUGGAGUUCAAGAGCUGU